CUCACGCAUAAAAACUUGUGACGUUAAAAAACAAGUGUGCAUUCUUGUAAGACAAAGCUUGUGAAGUGACAGACAAUGUUUUACAUCAGCAUAUUAAUGCAGCUGUCUGUGUCAGCUGCUGUGUCUUUGUGGUCAGUUUCAUACAGUCCUAAAUCCAUAUGUGCAUUUGAAAACUCAUCUGUGGAUUUCAGCUGCACCUUUGAUUUUCCAUAUGGUCAAACGCUUGUAGUAUCAAAAUGGUUUAAGCCGAGAAAAGAUCAAAAACAAGACGGAUCACAGGAGGGAAUGUUUGUCUAUCACACCGAUGCUGCAGAGAUCCAUGAACAUUACAGGAACAGAACGACGUAUGCAAACCAAGACAAAAACUGCAGCUUAAAGUUACACAAUGUCUCCAGAAAAGACAUCGGAAAAUACUAUUUUCGUUUUGAAAUCCAACAUUGGUGGGGGAAAUACACCGGACAAGGUGGCAUUGAUCUCAGUAUAGCAGUUCUGCCUUUUAGAGUAACAGUGAAUACACGAAAGACAAACAGAGAAAUUCAUGAAGGAGACUCUGUGACGCUGACAUGCAAUACAGAAAACUGCACCCCAACACAAGAGGCGUUCAUUUGGUUUAAAAAUGGACUUCUGCUACCACAUGCAACUAAACAAACGCUACGAUUCUCAUCCGUCUCUCGUGAAGAUUUUGGCAACUACUCCUGCGGUCUGAAGAACAGCGACACAACUUCAACAACUGAAACAUUGCUUGAUGUCAGAUACAGACCACAGAACGUUCAAAUCAUCAUCUUCCCGUCUAAAGAAAUUGAGGAAGGAGACUCAUUGACUCUUAACUGUAAGAGCAAUGCCAACCCUGCAGUGACAAACUACACCUGGUUUAAGAUCAGCGAUACAAACACCUCUUAUAUAGGAUAUGGUAGUAAAUACUCCCUCAAAACUGUGAGUCAGAAAGAUGCUGGACGAUACCUCUGUGUUGCCAUGAAUGAUGUGGGUUCUCAAAACUCUACAGUCAUUGAACUGAAAGUUAAAGCAAAUAGUGAUCUCCAUUUUUUACAUUUUUGUUUGGCAUUGCCGUGACGCUGAUCAACUUCUGUCUCAUGAAAAGCAUGCUGUGAAGAACAAAGUCAUUGAUGUAUAUGAUUGGGUUUGAUAUUCGCUCUAGUGGUCCUGCACAUGUUCCUGCUAUUACAGUAAAAAGCAAUAAAGACAUCUGUAAUGUGAAAAAAAGUAUUCUUGCUGUGUUUACAGCUGGUAUUUACAUAAACAGUUUGUUAUAAAAGCCUCUCUAAACAAAAGUGAUUCUCAUUUUGUGAGUUGUGAACCAAAAAUGUCUUGCAGUGAAAAUGUGCAAAUAAUUCAAAAUAAUAAGAACUGCCUGAAAAUGAUAUAAAGCCUCAUCCAGGUAC